GUCACACCCACAAAUAUACUGUAUAUAUACUGGUGAACGUGUUCCUCUACCGACCACUCAACCUCCAGGUUCACAUUCUCUGCUUCCACAUCUUCUCAUCUCUCAGGACAACUGUACAUCCUCAGCCAUGGGCAACGAGGGCAGCCACAACCGCAACAUCGGCGGCAUCUACAUUGGCAACGUAUACCACAGAUCAGUCCAAAGCUCAAUCGACAUCUCAGGCGAUGUGCAGCUGUUCCGGACUCUGAGCCGUGUAAACCAAUCAGGGAAUAUGUUUGUGUCUCCGCUGAGCAUCAGUUCAGCUCUGGCUAUGGUCUACCUGGGAGCCAGAGGAGACACAGCUGCUCAAAUUGCAGAGGCCCUGUCAUUCCAACCUGGUGAAGCCGUCCACGCCGAAUUCAAGAAGCUGAUCGAAGACAUAAACUCACCAUCGAAAUCAUACAUUCUGAAAACAGCCAAUCGUCUGUAUGGGGAGAAAACCGAAAAGUUCCUCACUCGAUUCCUGGAAGAGACGCGUCAGUACUACCAGGCCGACCUGAAGACUGUGGAUUUCAUCGAGGCCUUGGAGGCGAGCAGAAAGGAGAUCAACACCUGGGUCGAGCAGCAGACAGACAAUAAAAUAAAAGAUCUCCUGAAGACAGUCUCUGAUGGUACGAAGCUGGUCCUGGUCAAUGCCAUCUACUUUAAGGGAAAUUGGAUGAACCGCUUUGAUAAAGACCUGACCAAAGAGAUGCCUUUUAAAGUCAGCCAGACUGAGAGCAAACCAGUCCAGAUGAUGUUCCAGAAGAAGAAUCUGCCCUACAAUCUCAUCGGUGAUCUGCAGAUCCUGGAGCUGCCAUAUGAGAAGGAAGAGCUCAGCAUGUUCAUCCUGUUGCCUAAACAGUCCACAGACGGCUCCGAACCUCUGCUGAAGCUGGAGAUGGAGCUGACGCUGGAGAGGCUGAAUGAAUGGACCGACAGGAAAAACAUGUUAGUCCACUCAGACAUCCACGUUCACCUGCCAAAGUUCAAGCUGGAGGAAGAGUACCAGCUGAAGGAGCCUCUGUCCGAGCUGGGCAUGAUGGACGUGUUCUCCCCGUCACAGGCCGACCUGUCUGGAAUGAACGGUAGAAGAGAUCUCUUCCUGUCUGAGAUGGUACACAAGGCCUUCAUGGAGGUGAACGAGGAGGGCACGGAGGCCGGGGCGGCCACGACCGUGGUCACUGUUGGUAGCUGUGGGCCGAGUGUGCAUAAGGAACUGCUGUUCACAGCAGACCACCCCUUCCUCUUCUUCAUCAGGCACAAUAACACCAAGUCCAUCCUCUUCCUCGGCAGGUUCUCGUCUCCUCAGUAGACAGAACCAGGAGAGGAAGAUAUUCACAUAAAGGCUUAAUCCUUUAAAUGUGGGCUUUAUUUUCUUGGAUUUAUUCUAAUUAGCUUGGUUUUUUCUUCUGUUUUUGCACUGAAAUAAAAGAGGAAGAUAUUAAUUAAUAAAAAAUAGUUUUGAUCCAACAAUAA